GGUAUGUCGGUCUGUGAGAGAUCGGUUACAGAGGCGGCUGGGAACGUCAACAUCAUGGGUCAACAGAAAAACCUGGAAGGAUAUGUUGGUUUUGCAAAUCUUCCCAAUCAAGUGUACAGAAAGUCUGUGAAAAGAGGCUUUGAGUUCACUCUUAUGGUUGUGGGGGAAUCUGGUUUGGGGAAGUCUACGUUGAUCAACUCGCUGUUCCUUACAGACUUGUAUUCUCCAGAAUACCCUGGACCUUCACACAGAAUAAAGAAGACUGUGCAGGUGGAACAGUCCAAGGUGUUGGUGAAGGAAGGUGGGGUCCAGCUACUCCUUACAAUAGUGGACACCCCGGGCUUCGGAGAUGCUGUCGACAACAGUAACUGCUGGCAGCCUGUCAUUGACCACAUCGACAGCAAGUUCGAGGAUUACCUCAACGCAGAGUCCCGUGUGAACAGACGACAGAUGCCAGACAACCGAGUGCAUUGCUGCCUGUACUUCAUCGCCCCCUCGGGACACGGACUGAAACCGCUGGACAUCGAGUUCAUGAAACGGUUACACGAGAAAGUGAACAUCAUUCCUCUCAUUGCCAAAGCCGAUACUCUCACUCCUGAGGAGUGCCAACAGUUCAAGAAGCAGAUCAUGAGGGAAAUCCAGGAGCACAAAAUCAAGAUCUACGAGUUCCCAGAGACAGACGAUGAAGAGGAGAAUAAGCUGGUGAAGAAGAUCAAGGAUCGUUUACCUCUGGCUGUCGUUGGUAGCAACACAAUCAUCGAGGUGAAUGGGAAGAGGGUCAGAGGAAGGCAGUACCCUUGGGGUGUGGCGGAAGUGGAGAAUGGAGAGCACUGUGAUUUCACUAUCCUAAGAAACAUGCUGAUCAGGACCCACAUGCAGGACCUAAAGGACGUGACCAAUAAUGUUCACUAUGAGAAUUACAGGAGCAGGAAGCUGGCGGCCGUUACUUACAACGGAGUGGACAAUAAUAAGAGCAAGGGCCAGCUCACCAAAUUUGACACAGUUGAAGGCAUGAGUCCUCUAGCCCAGAUGGAGGAGGAGAGACGGGAACAUGUGGCCAAGAUGAAGAAGAUGGAGAUGGAGAUGGAGCAGGUCUUCGAGAUGAAAGUCAAGGAGAAAAUCCAGAAGCUGAAAGACUCUGAGGCAGAGUUACAGCGACGCCAUGAGCAGAUGAAGAAGAACCUGGAGGCGCAGCACAAGGAGUUGGAGGAGAAACGGCGUCAAUUUGAGGAGGACCGGGCCAGCUGGGAGGCACAGCAGCGUCAGCUGGAGCAGCAGAAAAUGGACGCCUCCAGGACCUUGGAGAAGAACAAAAAAAAGAAGAUCUUUUAAAGUAUUUGAGGAACACCGCUUUGUACUUGUUGCCAAUUUUCCAGCCUGGACAUCUGUGUUUCUUUCAACCAACAACACACCAGAUCAGCUCAAUAUCACCUGCAUGAGGGAUGGCCAGAGCAGUGUUGUCUGUGGCCUCUGGGUUUGAUGGGGAGUUUAACCACCAUGAAACUUAGUCCAGCACAGGCUGAACCCACAAAAACUCGGUUUUACUUUUUUUUUUUUCCUUUUUCUAUAUUAAAUAAAACAUGUCUACCGUUAUAUGCAAAGAAAAUGUCUAACUGUUGUACAAUCAUGUUUUGGUGGUUGAUUGUUUACACAAAAAAAAAUCCAGUUCUUCCAUGAUGUCAAAAAAGUAUGGUGUUUCUGAACAAAAUGCCGUAAACAUUCUUCUUUUCUAUGCUUCUUUGUCAAAUAUGCAUAACACAGGAGAUGUACUGAGCAGAGUCCUAUACAGAGUAUCCUAACACAAAACAAACCAACUCAAAAAGUCCACUCUCACAUUCAAGCCGUGACGACAGGCACGAUUAAGAGAAACUUCGAGGCUGAAUUGCACCUCAGGCUUUUUUAUAACAUUGGUUAUUGCUUUAUCUCCCAAAAAGUAAGGCUUCUUUUAUUUCUAGUAAUUUAAAUUAUCUAACCUUGGACCGCCAUGUAUAACGUCAUUAAUGUAAUGUUUCAUUUAGUUUGGUUUCAUUUUUUAUAUAUAUAUGGCCCUGCUAAGUAAUCUCAAUUUUUGUAAGUUAGAAAACUCUGGGAGGAUUGACCUGUUUGUUGACUGGUCAAGGUAGCUUCAGUAGGCAUUUGAGAGUGAGUAAAUAACUAAAAAGGCCGACUGUGAGUGUGUUGUUAUGUCAGCAUUGGGUUUUCCUGACCGUCAAAAGUCAACACCACAUUUAGCUUUGUUCAUGUACUGCAUCUCUGUAUUUUUAAUUUUAUUUUUCAUUUGUAUUGUACAAAGUCACGUAAUAAACUUGUGAUGAUAC